GGGACAUGGUUAAAUAACUCACCUUUUAGAUCAACCUUUGGCCUGUCAAAGUCCUUCACACACGCUUAUACAGUGCUAGAUAAUACCUGAGCAGAAGCAGGCAGCUACCUCCUUUAGACUGGGACACUGAGGAGACUGCAGCUGGAAAAAUGGCUGGUCCAAAACCACGUGUCAUUACUCUGUCUAAGCGAGAUGGACAGGGCUACGGCUUCUUCCUCCGCGUGGAGCACGGCGAGGAGGGUCACCUGAUCCGAGACCUGGAGAUGAGAGGCGUGGCUGAAAUGGCCGGUCUCAAGGACGGAGACCGUAUAAUCAGAGUCAAUGGAACUUUUGUGGACAAUAAGGAGCACAAUCAGGUUGCAGAUUUGGUGAAAAAGAGUGGCAUGACCGUCACAUUGCACAUCCUUGGAGAAGAGGCGUAUAAGUCGGCCAAAGCCAAAGGUGUGAAUCUUGCUGACCCUCAGUUAGGUCAAAGCCAUCCCACCAUGAAUGGAGUCUCUGCACCAGCCACUAAAGCCAAACUUUGCUAUCUGCAAAAAUCCAGCAGUGGGUUUGGUUUCUCCUUAAAGUCCACCAAAGAUUCUCGUGGCAUAUUCAUGACAGAAGUGCUGUCUGGAGGAGUAGCUGAUAAGGCUGGUGUGAAGACGGGUGAUCGUAUAGUGGAGAUAAACAGUGAGAAUGUUGAGAGUCUCUCACAUGAUCAGACUGUGCAAAAGAUAAAAGCAGCCGGAGACAAAGUGAUGUUUCUGUUGGUGGAUGAGGACACUGACAAAUUCUUCAGGAGCAAAGGCAUUCGACCAAGUGUGGCUCAUGCCACGGUCAAGCACCUCCAACAUAAACCACGCAUUGCAGACAUGACCAAGAAACCAGAUGGUUAUGGCUUUAUGCUGAGGGAAGAUCCUAAACACCCAGGUCAUUACCUUGGAGAAAUAGACAAAGGAAGCCCUGCAGAGCAAGCGGGACUGAAGAGUAAGGACAGACUAGCGGCUGUAAAUGGACAGGAAGUAGAUCACUGCAGGCAUGAGCAGGUGGUGGAAAAAAUAUCUCAACAAGGAAACAAGUGCUCCCUCCUGGUGCUGGAUCCAGAAACAGAUAAAAUGUACAAAUUGGGUGAUGUUUCUCCACUUCUGUACUGGGAGGAAAUGAGAGGAGCCCCACCAGGCUAUCCUGAGCAUGAAGCUGAAGCCAUACCUGCUCUGGCGGUACCUGCCCCAGCAGAUUUGGAGCACAAACCCAGACUGUGCCGGCUGGAGAAGACCGCUGCUGGAUUUGGUUUCCAUCUCAAUGGCAUCCAGGGAACUUAUGGACAGUACAUCAAAGAGGUGGUGAAAGGUGGAGCAGCAGACAAAGCCGGACUAAAGGAUGAUGACAUUGUUGUGGAGGUGAAUGGAGUGAACGUGGAAAAGAUCAUGCAUGAGGAGGUUGUUGACCUCAUCCGCAAGAGCGGGAACACGCUGUUCCUCCUAGUUGCUGACAGGACGGCCUAUGAGUACCUAAAAGCACGAGGGAUCCCCAUCUCCCUUCAGCUGAUUAAUAACGAGCCCUCCACUGAUGACCCCGCACCAGCUUAUGCAGAGGAGGAUGAGAAGAAAGAUACAGAAAGUGACAACGAAAGACCAGCCACUCCACCUGCUCAAACUCGGUCAAGGUCUUCUUCUUCUUCAUCCUCUUCAUCAUCAUCAUCAUCUUCAGCAUCAGCUGAGGACGACAGACUCUGAGCACACCACACUUCUGUACCAACAGAUACCUCCAAUACUGUGAUUUAGUGACAGGUUGAUGCACUUACCUGAUCAACUCCUGUACAAUCUAUUAAGAGGCGAAUAUGCCCCUUUAAACAAGAUCCUGUAAGACCACUGAUUAAAGAAUAUUUUCAAUGUGAAUUUAUAUAGCUAUUAGUCAUGAUAUCAAAUGCAACAGAUUGUUUCUGUACUGCUUUCACUGGGAUUUACAACAACAAUGAUCUGUCUUGUUUUUAUUAUGCUUGUGAUACAUGAAAUAUAAAAAUAACAAGUACUUAUGGUCUUUCAGGCAAUGCAUACUUGGUGUAUAAUUUAUUCUACAGAAUAUUUGUCUUUUUCUCAUGGAUGCCAAUUGAAUAAAACCUCUUUAUUUGGUGUGACGGUAAAUCUAACUCUGUGAAAACUAUUCUUAUUAUUUUAAAGGUGCAUUCAGUAGUUCUACUGCAAGUGUUAGCACCAAUGUAAUGGUACCUAUAACCAAAGUGGAAAAAUACUAUAUGCUACUAUACUGAUCCACUGAUAACGAUAAAACCAGGUGAUUUGCACUUUUAACAUUUAAUGACAGAUUUACUUUGUACGUCUGCAUCAUGUAUUAUAAUGAAAAUGAUGAAAUGUUUUACACAUAAACAAAAAUAAAUAUCAUUCAAAGCAUUUA